AUGAGAACCCUUUUGUCAGGGUGCUCACGACAUUUAGAAGAACAAGCUACAAGACCAUGGGACAAAGAACUUGCCUACAUGAUACUCCAUAAAUAUGAAAAAAUCUAUCCCGCAGGCAGAGAUUUUGUGAGAUUUAUGAAAUCACAAAAUGGUUGUUUCAAGAAGGCAUAUGAGUCCAAAGAACUCCCACAUAUCAUACAUCACUUCCUGAAAAGGACAUAUCUUGGGCCUUUUCAGAACCCGCUGGAAGUUUUCCUCAAGGAAAAGAGUAUGAACAUGUAUAGUAUCAAACAUUUAAUUAAGUCUAUAAUUGGGAUUAAGCACCAGUAUCACAGAUGGGAAACUAUUGGAUCUGAACAGCUGGCUAAUCAGGAAGAUUCAGUGAUCCGCCUACUACAACACAUUUCUACCCUCAUUGAUGGUGCCAAGUCAUACCUUGAAGGUCUAGUGGAUCAUAGCAGUGACUCUCAAAUGUGGACAUUCAAGAUGCCUGAACUUUCCCCAACUGGCCAACCAUGUGUUAUUUGUCAGCAAGACAUGCACCAAGAGGAUGAUCUUGUCAAUCUUCAUUCUGAGGUAGAUCAUAAAAUUCACAUGGAUUGUUGGCAAAGGUUGUUGAAGAAGAAUGGCACUAAAUUUCCUAAAUGCCCUAUUUGUCGGGAGAAAAUUGUGCUAAGCUCAUCUUGA